GGGUCGCUCGCCGUCGCCAUGGAAACGAAAGCGGCCAAGGAGCUCUCUGCUCUAACUCGCCGGUUCCGGUGGGCUCCGGCCUGCUACGCCGCGGCGGACAACGAUGCUGAAGGCCAAGAUCCUCUUCGUGGGGCCUUGCGAGAGUGGAAAAACUGUUUUGGCCAACUUUCUGACAGAAUCCUCUGACAUCACUGAAUACAGCCCAACCCAAGGAGUGAGGAUCCUGGAAUUUGAGAACCCACACGUUACCAGCAACAACAAAGGCACGGGCUGUGAAUUUGAGCUAUGGGACUGUGGUGGCGAUGCUAAGUUCGAGUCCUGCUGGCCGGCCCUGAUGAAGGAUGCUCAUGGAGUGGUGAUCGUCUUCAAUGCUGACAUCCCAAGCCACCGGAAGGAAAUGGAGAUGUGGUAUUCCUGCUUUGUCCAGCAGCAGUCCUUACAGGACACACAGUGUAUGCUAAUUGCACACCACAAACCAGGCUCUGGAGAUGAUAAAGGAAGCCUGUCUUUGUCACCACCCUUGAACAAGCUGAAGCUGGUGCACUCGAACCUGGAAGAUGACCCUGAGGAGAUCCGGAUGGAAUUCAUAAAGUAUUUAAAAAGCAUAAUCAACUCCAUGUCUGAGAGCAGAGACAGGGAGGAGAUGUCAAUUAUGACCUAGCCAGCCUUCACCUGGGACUGCCACCGCCCCAGUGAAAUCAGCAUGUUUCUUGGUGCAGAUCUGAAAUCACAUCCAGAUGUUUUCUUCUCCCUGUGACUGCAGAGGAAGUGUUCCUACCUGCAGGAAGGCACCUGUCACUCAGGGCAUUCACUCAGACCAUCUAUGCUCUGUCCUGAGUUCAGUUUAGAAAAUCCUGUCAUCAAAUUCAGAUUGCCUGGCCCCAGAACUUCCCAAAGACCCAUAAAAUGGAGGGAUUUACCACCUUCACAUAUGUCCAGUUAUAUAGUUUGUGGAAUUGUAACCGUUGCAGCCCAAUGAUACAAGAGUAGUUUAAUCAUGUGUGUUGGCUUGAAUGUAAUUUUCACUCCUUGAUUUACCCAACAAACACCGACGGGUUGAGCACCUGCUGUGUGUGUCCCGCUGUCCUAGCUGCUGACUGCAGACAGCAUGCAUGAAAAAGACACAA